ACAGGACCAUGGGUGAAGGAUUGAGAUUUUUUUUCCUUCCUUAUUUUUUGGGGGAAGAGGCGGAGAGCUAAGGUUGUGAAGGGGGGUAUUGGGGCAGGAGGCUAUGCCCUCCCCCUGUAGUCAGCACUCUAUUUCAUAUUGAGGAUAAUGAAAUAAGCAGGGGAAGUUCUAUAGCUUUUGUUAUUGGUUGCCACCGAAAAUUUCUCUUGCAAGUAGUUUCACUGGCUAUUAGGUUGGGAGCAACAAUGAAACAAGACAAAAGGAAGAAGAGAGCUCUUCUUCUGUUCUCCUCUUCCCUUCUCUGACUCCAUCUCUCUAAAGAGCUUGUUUCAGCAAAAUUGCCCAAUCAAAAUCAUGUCCUGCUCCAAUCUAACAAUGUGGGUUUCGUCUAAACCUUCUCUAUUUGAUCCUACCACACUCUCCUUCUGCCCUCUCCUCAACCCAUUCCGUCUCCCUUCCCAUGGUUCCAUGUCCAGCAUCCCAUCUCGCCCUCAUUCCAAGAACCCAAUUCAUUGUGGUCUCCGCGAGCUCAGACAGAGGAUCGAUUCCGUGAAGAACACCCAGAAGAUCACCGAAGCAAUGAAGCUUGUCGCCGCAGCUAAGGUCCGAAGAGCCCAAGAAGCCGUCGUCAAUGGUCGACCCUUUUCGGAGACCCUAGUCGAGGUUCUCUACAACAUCAUUGAGCAGCUUCGGACUGAAGACGUCGACGUUCCUCUUACCAAUGUCCGAACGGUCAAAAAGAUUGCCUUGGUUGUUGUUACGGGUGAUCGGGGUCUCUGCGGUGGAUUCAACGACACAAUCAUCAAGAAAGCUGAGGCACGGAUUGCCGAUUUGAAGAAUCUUGGCGUUGAUUUCACUGUUAUCAGCGUUGGAAAGAAGGGUAAUUCUUAUUUCCUCCGCCGGCCAUAUAUUCCGGUAGAUAGGUUUAUUGAAGGAGGGACCUUCCCCACUGCGAAAGAAGCUCAGGCCAUCGCCGAUGAUGUGUUCUCGCUCUUUAUCAGUGAAGAGAUCGACAAGGUGGAGCUCUUGUAUACCAAGUUUGUGUCAUUCCUGAAGUCCGAUCCUGUGAUUCAGACUCUGCUUCCGCUUUCCCCCAAGGGCGAGAUUUGUGAUGUCAAUGGCAAUUGUGUGGAUGCUGUGGAAGAUGAAUUGUUUAGAUUGACAACCAAGGAAGGGAAAUUGACAGUGGAGAGGGACACCGUGAGAACAGCGACAACUGACUUCUCACCCCUCAUGCUGUUUGAGCAGGACCCAGUUCAGAUCCUUGAUGCUUUGCUGCCUCUCUAUCUGAACAGUCAGAUUCUGAGGGCAUUGCAAGAAUCACUGGCUAGUGAGCUUGCAGCUAGAAUGAGUGCCAUGAGCAAUGCCACUGAUAAUGCAGUGGAGUUGAAGAAGAACCUCUCAAUGGCCUACAAUCAGAAACGCCAAGCGAAGAUCACCAGCGAAAUACUGGAGAUUGUGGCUGGGGCUGAUGCUCUAACAUAGUUUCAAUGAUUUGGAUGUGGUUAUUGCUUUCCCCUUUUUGUUGUAAUACUGUAACCUUGUUUCCCCUUUUUCUUUUUCCAGGUAGGUAUCUUCUGAUUCAUUCAAAUAUGCUUGUGUAAGAUAAUUUCUUAGAACAGACAGCUUCAUAAUUGAAUAACAGAGCUACAUUACAGGGAGAACUGAAUAACAAGAUGUUCCAUUUCACUGUUACCA